AUGUCUUAUUUUGAAACCAAAGGGAAGCUGGCAGUAAUAUCAGGUGGUUCACAGGGACUGGGGGCUGCACUGGCAAAACAGCUUAUACUCAAGGGGUCUAAUGUUGUUAUCGUUUCGAGAACUGAAUCAAAGCUACAGAAAACUGUCACUUCACUAGAAUUAUCCAGAUUGAACGAUGAUCAAUUGAUCAAAUAUAUUGUAGCAGAUGUCUCAGAUCCUACAGAAUGUUCCCGUGUAUUCCAGGAGCUCGACGAUGUUCCAGAUAUUGUUAUUUGUUGUGCUGGCGGUGCGGUCCCAGGAUUGCUGGUAGACAUGGAAGCUGAUACCCUGAAGAAACACAUGGCAAUUUGUUAUGAUACCGCACUGUUCUUUUCUCAUGCAGCCAUGAAGGUCAUGAUUCCUAAACAAAAGGAAAUAGAGGCCCAUCACGGACGUCCCUCAAAACGACAUUUAAUCUACUGCUCAUCUGUCUUGGCAUUGUUCCCUUUUAUUGGAUAUGGAUCCUAUGGGCCAGCUAAAGCUGCUAUAAGAGCUCUGGCUGAUAUAGCUCGUCAGGAAUGUAUUCCUUAUAACAUAUCGGUUGCGAAUAUUUUACCUGGAAAUAUGGCAACCGAGGGUUUUGUUGAGGAGGAGAAGACUAAGCCAGAAAUUACACGUAAAAUCGAGGGUCCUUCGGAUGCACGGGAUCCUGAUAUUGUAGCUAAAGAAGUCAUUCGUGAUCUGGAACGUGGUCAAGAAAUGAUAUAUACGGAUUUAAUUGGCUGGAUUCUCAGUGGUCUGAUGAUGGGUGCUAGUCCCAGAAAUUGGGGCAUUUUCCAAUCUAUCAUUGCUGCAGUGCUAGUGUUUUUUGCACCUGUGUGGAUGUUCUUCGUGCGAAAAGAUAUUAAGGACUAUUUUCAGAAGAAGACGGAAGAGGAACAUAUUAGUAAAACUAAAACUGAGCAGACUUCGAAUUCUAAAUAG